CCACUAUGCAACUCAAUAACCUAACCUAAAAAUACGUAAAUACGUUCUGUUUGUAAUUUGAGUGUUGUUGUUGUAUACCAAGUUCAAAAAGUGAAUUAAAAUGUCUAAACCACCAGAGAAAAAAUAUGGUCUUAUUCUUCCAAAUAAACAACAAAAACCAUCUACAUCAGGUGCACUUUUACAAAAACCUGGCAUUUUUCAAAAUGAUUCAGAUUCUGAUGAAUCUAUAGAGAGACCAACAGGAAUUUCAACUGGUUUAAAACGUCAGGAUAAAGAAAUACAAAACAAGGCAAUUGAAGAAGAUCCAACAAUUUAUCAAUAUGAUGAACUCUAUGAUGACAUGGAUAAAAAACGCAAGGAUUCAAAACUAUCCCGAAAAGAUCUUGACAAAAAACCGAAAUACAUCAGUAAUCUACUGAAAGCCGCGGAGAAACGCAAGAUUGAAAAUGAGCGUAGAAUUGAACGCCAGGUACAACGCGAACGUGAAGCCGAAGGCAACGAAUUUAAAGAUAAAGAACAAUUUGUUACUGCUUCAUAUAAAAAGAAACUAGAGGAGAUGCGUAAGCAGGAAGAGUUGGAAAAACGCGAAGAAUAUCUGGAGGCAAUCGGCGAUGUCAAAAAACAGGGCAAUUUAGACGGAUUCUACAGGCAUUUGUAUGAACAAAAGGUGAAUUAUGAUGAAGAUAAAGAAAAAAAGAUGGAGGAUAUUAAAACAAACAUUAAAAAAGAAGAUUCUGAUGAGAGUGACAAUGAAAAACCUGUUAAGCGAGUUAAGCAUGAAAAAAGGCGACAGUAUCGUCGCAAAAGAAGUCAUUCUAUAUCCGACGAUUCUGAAACUGAAGAGAAAAGAGCAAGCGAUCAUUUGCCAUCGAAUUUGGAUGCUGAUUCUGAUUUUUCAAUUGAUUCGGACGACUCAACUUCGGAUAGAUCAGAUACCUCUAAAUCAAAGGUUUCCCCUCAAGAAAUAGAAGUAAAGAUUGAAACAAAGGUGGAAAAAGCAAGUGAAACAAAAGUUAAAGCUGAUGUGCCUAAUGGAACACCACAUUCAGAAUUUAAUGGGCAUGAAAAAGAGGAAAAGAAACCAAAGAUUGAUAUUUGGAAGAAGCGGACUGUUGGCGCCAUCUUUGAUGCUGCUGUGCAACGAUACUAUGAACGUGAAGCGCAACGCAAUGCUGUCGCAAUCUACGAUAAUUCAUUUGUCUUCGGUAUCAAUAUUCCUGCUAGCUGAAGUGAUGAGAUUUUUGUAGAUUAAUGUGAAUUGGUGAAAAAUAAUGUAAGUUACGUAAGAAUACAAGAUGAACGAAGUGGACACAUGUGUUGCCAUCAACCUUCGAUAGCUCAGUUGGUAGAGCGGUGGACUGUAGAAAGUAGUACUUGGUAGACAUCCAUAGGUCACUGGUUCAAAUCCGGUUCGAAGGAAACCUUUUUUGUAAUUUUUUUUACAAGGACCUUAAUCGUAUACGAACUUAAUGUUCUUUAAAAUUUUUAAAACUUUUUGCUAGCUCAGUGGCUUUUGUUAAUUUUUCUUCAUUGCGUACUUUUGUUCAAAUUUAACAUUUAUUACAAAAAUAAAUACCUAAUAAGCUUCGUUUAAAUACA